AUGUGUUUCUUAGAGAGGAGGCUUCCUCCUAAACUUGGAGAUCCCGGAUUCUUUACCGUCCCUUGUACCAUUAGAUUGAGAAAUUUUGAUAAGGCACUUCUAGAUCUUGGAGCGAGUAUCAACCCUAUGCCUUAUGAAGUCUACAAAACACUUACUUUGGAGGACAUUAAACCAGUCAAGAUUAGAUUGCAAAUGGCGGAUCGAAGCGUAGUUUAUCCAAGAGGAGUAGUAGAGGAUGUCUUGGUGAAAAUUGAUGAGAUAUUGGUACCCGCCGACUUUGUGGUUUUAGAUAUGGAGCCUUUGAGUAAUGAUAGUGAUGAGCUCCCCAUUAUUUUGGGGCGGGGCAUUCAUGGCAACCGCCGACACCAAGAUUGA